GCGGGGGCCUCGGCUCUCUCCUCCCACCGCGCUCCCGCCGCGCGGCGCUUCCCGGCACCCAGCGAGCGGGGCUGGCGCGGGGCCGGCCCGCCUUCCUCCUCGCCCGCGGCGUCCCCGGCAGGCGCGCGCCGCGAUGGCAGCGGCCGAGCGGGGCUGAGCCCGCCGCGCGCCGCAGCCCCGGCUCCUCGCCCCCGCCAUGGCGAAGCAGUACGAUGUGCUGUUCCGGCUGCUGCUGAUCGGGGACUCCGGGGUGGGCAAGACCUGCCUGCUGUGCCGCUUCACCGACAACGAGUUCCAUUCCUCGCACAUCUCCACCAUCGGUGUUGACUUCAAGAUGAAGACCAUAGAGGUGGAUGGCAUCAAAGUGCGCAUACAGAUUUGGGACACAGCGGGGCAGGAGAGAUAUCAGACCAUCACAAAGCAGUACUAUCGACGGGCCCAGGGAAUAUUUUUAGUCUACGACAUUAGCAGCGAGCGCUCUUACCAGCACAUCAUGAAGUGGGUCAGCGAUGUGGAUGAGUACGCACCAGAAGGUGUCCAGAAGAUCCUGAUAGGGAAUAAGGCCGAUGAAGAGCAGAAGCGGCAGGUGGGAAGAGAGCAAGGGCAGCAGCUGGCCAAGGAGUACGGCAUGGACUUCUACGAAACAAGUGCCUGCACCAACCUCAACAUUAAAGAGUCUUUCACGCGUCUGACGGAGCUGGUGCUGCAGGCCCACCGGAAGGAGCUGGAUGGUGUCCGGACGCGUGCCAGCAAAGAGCUGGCGCUGGCAGAGCUCGAGGAGGAUGAGAGCAAACCUGAGGGCCCGGUGAACUCUUCCAAAACCUGCUGGUGCUGAGGGCCCUGCGAGGAGCACCCACAAAUCCCCCCUCCCCUCAGGAGGCCUGUGGCAGACAGGGAGUCUGGGCUUUGCCCUGCUUCUCCUCUCAUCUGGGUGACCCCGUGGAACAUCAGUAGCUGCUACUCCCCCAGCCUGGCCUUGAGGGUGACUCCGCUGUCACUUCUGAGCAGCCCCCAGCCCCUCCCCCGGAGUGGUAUGCUUCAGCCCGAUUCCCGCCGCAGCCUGCCAUGAGCCCCGAUGUGCUGGAGCCCGCUCACCCCGAGCUCCCCAGACAGCGGCGUCCGGAGUCGAGGCCACUUCAAGUCUCCUUCUCAGUGCGUCUUGUCUCCUGUCCGCUUUUCUCUCUCCUUCCCACUUCUCUCUCUGUCCCCCCACGCCCUGAGCCCUGUGUGUCCUGCUUUGUGGCUGCUGAUGCAGCUCUUUUCUUUCCUUUCUUCCUAACCCUGUCCAAGGGGGUGGACUGUAGCUCCUGGGAUAUUCCAUCUCUGCUCCUGGGAGAACCCCCACCCUGCUUUGUGGGUGGGCCAAUGGUGGGGGUGCGUCUUCCCACCUCCCCUCCCCACGUCCUUCUUGUGCCACGGGCCCUCACCACUGACCUGGGGAAGUGAAACAUCAGGUGGGGAGGGCCGUGGUCCUCAGCCUGGGGCUGCCCUACCUCUCCCAGCUUUGGCCUUGCUUGGCUGCCUGCCCACCUCCCUCUUGGGGAACUGAGCUCAGAGGCAGGUGCUUCAGAGGAGAAAAUAAAUGGCGAGGAGUGGCAGGGAUAAAACGUCACCUCCAUUCUCUACCUCCCGUGCUGCACGUACACAAUUCCUCCCCCCCCCCCCCUGGGCUCCCGGAUUAAAGACCUGAACCAAAGCCUGAGGGCAUUGCAGGGCCGAGGAGAGCCCGGGGCAGUGAUUGACAAGCUAGCCAAGGACUCCAGAUAGAGGAGCCUUUGCAAUUGAAGGACUAGUUCCUACAUAUCAGGUUACAAGCAAGGGAGAGCAGGCCAGGGACCGCAGUUUGCAAGCCAAAGGGGGAUAUGGAUUCCCUGGGCCCUUCCGGUUCUUUUGUGAGAAGAGCAUUUCCCACAACCCCCUGGCAGGUGAGAGGUGGGCCUUCACUGACCCAGCCUGCAGCUCAAGGCUUUCAGGAGACCCAGAGUUUGUGGGAGAGGAGCGGGACUUCCUGGGAAGAAGGGAGGCAGGCCCUGAGGAAAUGCUCCACGCUGUUCUCUCCCUUCUUCCAGACAAAGUGCUCACCUUGCCCCUCUGGCUCCUGGGGGCAAAGUUUGAGGUUUGCCAGCUGCACGAUGGCUGCAGGUGGAGGGAACAGGACUCCUGCAGGGCUCUUUAUUCAGGAAGAAGGUUCUUCACCCCUUAGGGCCUAAGAGUAUCCUGAAGAAGGCCCUUUAAGGAAGGGACAAGUCAGUUACCAGCCCCAGGAGGGCUCCUGCCCCCCUUCCACAGGGGGAUCUUCCUUCUGCUACGUAUUAGCUGCAUUGCAUGGCUGGGCCUGGAGCUAAAAGGAGCAACUGGGCGUUAAGCAUUCACCAACUAAGGCCAAAAUCCAGGGCACAUCCACGGGAAGGAAUAGGAUCCCCCACUUCCUUACCCAAAAAUGGGGUGUGGGGCAUGAAAUCACUAACCCUUUCUUCCAGGCUUAUCAGGCCAGGAGACCGCAGGCAAGGAUGACUCCGGAUGCAGGGAGGGGGACAGGUUAGCAGAGUGGAAGGAGAGGAGGGCAGGAGCAGUUAGUCGUUGGCUAGUGAAGAAUUAUAGAGAGCCGGCUAGGGAUGCUUCCUGAAGGCUGGCUCCUCGGAUGCCAGGACACAAGCAGCAUCACCUGGGGAGGGAGGGCGGCCACGUCCGCCUUCAGAGUCAGCUCUCAGUGCCCUCAGCCCAGAUUUCAGAGAGGGGAGGUCCUGUUCAUCUUGGCUCCAACG